AACGUAGAACAAUGAUGAACAUAUUCAUAGUUGGGGCGAUUGUUAGAACAGUCUUGGUUCUUUGUAACUGCAGGCAGGAGUGGCCAAAAAUAGUCCCAUAUGGGGGACACAUAAAAGCGGAAAAUACAGCACUAAUAUUAUCUAUUUUUUUGGGGUUCCCACUCGGUGUCUGGCACUUGCAUUAGAGCCCGACUAGCUAUAUCCAGAUUCGUGUCGCGUAGAGCUCCAUUCCGGGAAAGCGCUCCCUACCAAGAAUUUUUUCAUACACUAGGCUCGAAUCCGAAAUUUCUGGUCAAGAGAAGAGCAGUCUAAUCUAGUGCACCACAUCCUUUGCUGGUAGCCCUAAUGUUAUCUCUUCAUACACAAACUUUUUCUAUCACCAGAUAUGGAUGUUAUAUUCUUCUGCAGUCAUUGCCUUUUUCUUUCAUUUACUACUCUUUAAUAACAUCUCCUGCUAAAUAUAGAAGGAAUACAAUUGUUUAUUUGCCAAGUUUGUUGGAGAGGUUAUAUAGAUAAGAGAUGGAGCAACAGUGUAACAACCCAAGUUCCUCAUCAUCUAAAGCUGACAGAAAGACUACUGAGAAAAACAGAAGAAACCAAAUGAAAGCUCUCUACUUGAAGCUCCAUUCUCUUGUGCCUCAUCAGCAGCAUUCUAGGGAAGUUUUGUCACUGCCAGAUCAACUGGAAGAGGCAAUCAACUACAUAAAAAGACUGCAGAUAGAUUUGGAGAGAAUGAGACAGAAAAAAGAUAGCUUAAAAGGAGGUGAAAAUUCAAGUUGUAAUUCAACCAGUGACAGAAUGACAGGGUUGUCAUUGCCACAUAUAGAAAUCCAUAGUGUGGAUUCAGCUCUACAGGUGGUUCUAACUACUGGUUUGGAUUAUCAGUUCAUCUUCACUGAUGUUAUCCGUCUGCUUCAUGAAGAAGGCGUACACGUUAUAAAUGCCAGUUAUACUCUCAUUGGUGACACCAUCGUCCAUUCCAUUCAUUCUAAGAUGGGAGAGUGUGAACCAGAUCAAUACGGAGCUGCAAGAAUCUCAGAGAGGUUAAAGAAGUUUGUGGGAGGGUGCUAGGUAGCUUAAUGGCAAGUUGGCAACUAAUGUUUCCUUCUCAUUGAGUUGCUUGCUUCUUUUUAGACAUUUAAUAUCCGAAAUACACUGGCUCGAUUGAUUAGUUCAUAUUUACUCAUGCCAAGUACAGUCAGACCUUUCUAUAACAACAUCUCUAUAUAGUAGCUAUUCAUUAUAAAAGCCAAGUUUUUCUCGGAAUCGAAUAUUAUAUUAUGUUAUGAUAUAUGUCCUCCAUAACAACACUUCACUAUAGCAGCCAAAAAUUUUCGGAACAAACGAGGUUGUUAUAGAGAGGUUUGACCGUAUUCCCAUUUAAAGUACUCCCUACCAAAAGGUUUUCAUUUUCAUAACUUGAAUCUGAUGCCACUAGUUAUGAAUGGACGGCUUUUAACUAUUCCACUACACCCUAUGAUUGUGAUUGAGUAGCUUGCUUUCUUCGAUCUGAAUGUAAUAUAUAGUUCAAGAAUUUGUAUCCAAUAAUGAUCAAACUUCUUGUCUGUUAGCAACUUGUGUGUUAUCAAAAACAUGUUUUUGCCUU